CAACUUAGGAGUUGGAAGAGUUUCGUCUAUUCUGUUUUACCUGUGGCGAUGGGUGGAUGUUUGUUUCUUUAUGUGCUGUUGUUGGUAGGGUCUUUGCAAGUUGUUUCAGUUGGAAGCCGUCUUUUAAAGUGCAACCUGGGCUCCAAACUGUGCAAGGAUGGGUCUGAGUGUGUCUCCUACAAUCAUGUGUGUGACGGAGAGGUCGACUGUGAGGACAGUUCAGAUGAGGAGGACUGUGAAUCACAAUGCAGUGAAGAUCAGUUCCAGUGUGCCCAUGGGAAGAAGUGUAUAAACAAGGACCAGGUGUGCGACGGCAUACCCCAGUGUCAGGACCAGUCUGAUGAACUGCAGUGUGUGAAGCAAAGCGAGGACUGUGUUCAUCACUGUGAUAACAAUACCCGCUGCCUGCCUGCGAACUUCCUCUGUGACGGAGAGAGGGACUGUUUAAGUGGCACAGAUGAGGCCAACUGUGAGGGCCAAGAGGAGCAAAGUACCAGUACAACCUCUGUGCCAGUUGCCUCUGUGGACCCGUUGCCACCCAUCAAGUGUCAUUUGGGGUCCAAACCCUGCAAGGACAAUGCAGAAUGUGUCCUCUACAAACAUGUCUGUGAUGGAGAAGCUGAUUGUAGAGAUGGCUCAGACGAGGAAGAUUGUUCAUCAGCAUGUGAAACAGACCAAUUCCAGUGCGCCCAUGGGAAGAAGUGCAUAGAGCAGAGCCAGGUGUGUGAUGGUGUGCCUCAGUGUCAGGACCGCUCUGAUGAACAGGGAUGCGCCAAGCACAUGGAGGGCUGUACUCAUCAGUGUGAUGACAAGAGCCGCUGCAUUCCCAACAGCUUCCUCUGUGAUGGGGAGAGGGACUGCUUGGACGGCAGUGACGAGUUCAACUGUGCUGAUGAGGGCUGCAGUGCCUCUGAAUUUAAGUGUACUACCAGUGGCCAUUGUGUGUCGGCCACAAUGCGUUGUGAUGGUAACCCGGACUGCAAAGACCACUCGGAUGAGGAGAGCUGCACCAAAGUACCAGUCUGCACCACCAAACAUCGCUGCCCUCAGAGCAAGGAGUGUUUGGUGCAGGAGUGGAUUUGUGAUGGAGACCAGGACUGCAAGGAUGGCACUGAUGAGAAGGACUGUCCUGUGGCUUUGCUGAACUGUGGUGACUUCCAGUGGUCAUGUAACUCCAAGACCCAGUGCAUCCCUGCUGUCUGGAGGUGUGAUGGGAUGAAGGACUGCGAUGAUGGCAGUGAUGAAACUGAAUGUGGACCUGUGACUUGCCUCCCUCACCAGUUCCAGUGUGGCAGUCAGGAGUGCCUGGAUCCAGUCCUGGUGUGCAAUGGCAUCACCAACUGUGCAGAUGGUUCAGAUGAGGGAGGCAGCUGCCAGAUAACAUGUGGGGAGGGGGAUAACGGGCGCUGCUCCCAGAGCUGCUACAGCACACCACAGGGAACGCGCUGUCACUGUGCAGCAGGGUUCAGAGUGAUGGAUGAUGGGCUGUCCUGUGCUGACAUUGAUGAGUGUGAAGACCGUACACCAGGUGUGUGCAGCCAGCUGUGUAUCAACACUCCAGGCUCAUUCCAAUGUGACUGUCACCCAGGCUUCAUAAUGGAGGCAGAUCAACACCACUGCAAGAUAACAGGUGAACCCUUGCUGCUGUCCUCAGUCCAGACAGACCUCUACUUGUAUGGGUUGCGCAGUGGCAGCAUAGAUGUGUUGUCUUCCUCUGCCAAGAAGGCCAUCCUGUCUCUGGACUAUGACUGGAAGGAUCAGAAAGUCUACUGGGUCUGUCUGAACACAGACGGCAUCAGCUGGUCAUCACUGGACCAAAACACCACAGGAACUCUGAUUAGAGGUGUCCGAGCCGAUUCGGUAGCUGUGGACUGGCUUGGGAGAAACCUGUACUGGAUCAAUGGGGUGAAUAGUCAGAUUGUUGCCAUCAGACUGGCAGCAGCAUCUGUGGACUCCUCGGACCACACCAUCAUCUUAGAUGAAGACCUGGAUCAGCCCCGCUCUCUGGCCCUGCUGCCACAAAAAGGCCUGAUGUUUUGGACAGAGAUUGGUGAUUCAGCAAAGAUUGAGCGAGCUGGGAUGGAUGGGUCGGAGAGGAGGGCAGUAGUGACCUCCAGCCUUGGCUGGCCUGGGGGUGUGGCUGUGGACACCAUCUCUGACAGAGUCUAUUGGACAGAUGAAAGGCUGAAGACAAUUGGAUCUGCCACACUGGAUGGUGAUGACAUUCGGAUUUUACAGAUGAAGGAGACCACCAACCCGUUCUCUGUGGCAGUGUUCAAUGACCUACUCUACUGGUCUGAUGCAAAGAAGCGAGUGGUGCAGGCCGCUCAUAAAAUCCAUGGUAAAAACCGUCGUGUUCUCCUGAAAAGACUCAGGCAACCAUUUGCUGUAAAGAUCAUCCACCCACUGCUGCAGGUUGGCAGCGAGAACCCCUGUGAGAAGACUGAAUGUUCCUUCAUGUGUGUGUUGGCACCAGGACCCAAGGCUGUAUGCAAGUGUCCCCCCGGUCUAUUACUUGCAGAGGAUGGCCUGACUUGCUCCAGUCUGUUCAAUUCAGCUUUCCUGCUCAUGCUGUCUCCCUCCACUGUCACUCAGAUCUACUUGCAGUCCAGACACACAGCAGCAGAGCUACACGGAUGGCCUGAACACCUGGCCCUGCAGGUUCCCAGCGUCAGUGAAGCCACUAUCAUGGACUUAAGCCUCCGUGAGCACAUGCUGUUCUUAACAGAUGACGGCACAACUUCACUCAGCUCUUUCAGGCUGAAGGACUCGAUCUUGGGCGCUCAAGGCCAGCUUCUGAAACUGCUGGGUGACACCAUCACAGCCAUGGCCCUUGACUGGGUAACGCUUAACAUUUUCUGGAGUAGCAUCAAACAGCCCCGUCUGCAGGUCACCUCCAUCAAAGAUGCAUACACGGCCGUUCUCAUAAAGGAUGGGAUUGGCAGAAUGGAGUCAAUUGCCCUCCACCCUCCCAGUGGGAGAGUUUGCUUCUCAAAUCUGUAUCUACAGGAUACUGGUGCCGUGGCCACAGUGGAGUGUGCCACCAUGGAUGGUGCAGAGCGAAGAGUGGUGUGGAAGGAUGCUGUCCAACCUACAUCUUUAGUCUUCUCUAGUAAUGGGGAUACGAUCUACUGGGCUGACACGAGUUUAGGGACCAUCAGCUCUGUUCCAAUUGAUGGAUCAGGAUACAGAGAGCUGAAGGCUGGUGAUGGCCUGGCUGCUAUGGCUCUGAGUGACGACACGCUGCUCUGGAUUACUGUCGGUGACAAGACGAGGCUCUGGUACAGAGACGGUCAGCAGCAAAAGAAGUUGUGGUUUGAAGUUGGCACGGAAGCACUCAGCUUGAAGGCAUUCAGCAAGUCCAGUCAGACUGGUUCUAACCAGUGCACAGAGAGCAAUGGCAACUGUCAGCACCUGUGCCUCGCUACUCCAGCAGGUCGGACAUGCAAAUGUGCCCAUGACCACAUCCAUGUGAAUGACACCCACUGCAGCCUGGAGCAACACUGCCCAGCUGGCAGCAGGCCAUGUCUGGAUCAGCUCUCAUGUCAGCCUGUUGAGAAGUUCUGUAACGGCCAUGUCGACUGCUCUGACCACUCAGACGAGAACUGUGUCCGUCUGCACCAGUGGUCAGGACCCAAGGCUUUUGCUCCCACCCAGCCUCGCAGCUCCUCUGUUCCUUCUCCCUCCCCUCCUCCUUCUCUGUCUGAAGUCACAGGCUACAAUUCCACCCUGAAUGUCAGCAAUCUGCUCAUGAACCUUGAGGCCGAGCAGUGCAGCAAGACACGCUGCAGCGACAACGGCCACUGUGUGGAGAUCAGAGGAGUUGUUGCUUGCGCGUGUUCGCUGGGCUACAGUGGUGACUCCUGUCAGGACAAUGUGCUGAAAAACAUGCAGGGUCCUCUCAUCUACAGCGCAGCGGGUCUCAUUGCAGGCAUUGUGGUCAUCGCUGUGAUUGCCGUGGCUGUUAAGAGGAAGAAGAGUGCCAAAUUGAGGAGGACUGACACAGCAGCAGUGAAGGACACAAGCAUGACUGACCUGGAGAACAAAGCAGAGACCAUCCCCAGUACCAUGGCCGCCCCAGUGGAGACAGACAAGCCAGAGGAAGUGGUAUCUUCAGUGGACUGAGGCUGAUUUGUGUGCAUGUGACAUUUUAAAUAAAUGGUCUGCAUUUUC